UUAUUCAAAUACCUUUUCUCCAAUCGUCUCUUCUAAUAGAUCUGCCCUAUCGCAAAAGUAUCUCGGACAUCUCCACAGAAAUCCCACCUCACAGUACAGUUGUAUCGCCGUCACCCUUCUUCCCUCUGGCAUUGCCCAACACCAAUACAGCAGACAAGCGGGCAUUUUUUUUAAUGGCGGUUUUCGAGACCUCGCUGGGUGUUUCAUGACCUUCGUCCCCCAUGACUGCUGCUUCGGCCAAUGAUUCACCAAAUGCCACACCCAAUGCAUCCAAACCCAUCUUAACACAAAUGGCUGCGGGGAUGAUGACUUUCGCCGACGAUCCCGAAUCACUACAACAGGAGAUAUCCUCGGCCGUUUCGGGACCUAGUCCUUCCUUAGCUCAUGGGAGGGCGAGUGAGAGUCUCCAAAGAAUCCAAUCCGGCGCCUCUGAGCUGCUGCGAUUUUCCAGGACCCUCCCUGAAAACUAUGGCCAAACCCACGACGCCACCAGUGCAGCCCUGCUCGAUGGUCCUUUGAGCAAGGGCGCCCUUCAGGCCAUGGCUAAGCUGUCGAACGACAUUGCUUCAGGCGUCGGUGAGAUUGCCGCCCUAAGCAGGAACUCUGCCGAGCCCAAUGAAAAACGCAAGACGCUUCACAACGACCAACAACGUGAGCCUAAAUCCCAUAAGGCAUCCUCAAGGCGUAGGCAGAGUUCAGUAAGAUUUGCUUGUCACGCCUGCCACAGGGUAGAGACCCCGCAGUGGCGCCCGGGUCCCGGUGGGCCCGGCACCCUCUGUAACGUCUGCGGUCUUGUCUACGCGAGACGGGAGCGUAAGAGACAAACCGGUUCCCAAUGCCCGUCUUAACAUAGACACACAAACACAAGGUAAAAGGGCAUAUGGAUGCGUACGAAAGGAAACGCCUCGACCGGCUUCUGAACCGAGAGUAGGAGACGCUGCCGCUGGAGUAGUGUGCGGAUGUGAUCACGAUAGUAGCGAGGUGUCUGAUAUAACGGAGCACUUGAACCAU